AUGAGAGAUUUCAAUCUGUUUAUUUGCAUAGUCAGUUUUGUUUACGCCGAUUUCACGAGGGUUCCUCUUUACGAAGGCGAUGAAACAUUUCAAAUCGCUGAUGCUAAAGGACAAUUUGUGAUUAUAGUCAAUGUUGCGAGUCAUUGCGGAUAUACAGAGCUAAACUACAAUCAGCUUGUUUCGAUAAAAGAAGAGUUUGGUGAUAAACUUAAAAUCAUUGCUAUCCCUACCAAUAAUUUUGGCGAGCAAGAACCUGAAGAUGUUGAAACGAUCCGCAAAAAUAUGAACGAUAAAUUUAGUCUGAACUUUCCGAUCUACGAAAAACUUGAUGUGGAGAAAGAUGAGUUUUGGAAAGAGCUUGAAAAAUAUUCCGGUUUCGCGCCAAGAUGGAAUUUUUGGAAAUAUCUCGUUGACCCCGAAGGGUUUGUGCGACGUGUUUACGCUCAUUGGGAAGAGCCAAAUGUGGUGGCAGCAGAUAUAAGGAAGAUUAUUCAAGGAAGAACUCUUCACGAAGAACUUUAA